AUGUCGGAAGGAUCAUCAAAAGACGUCCCUGGAAGCUCCACGAGCUUCAACCUGUCGAGUCACACAGAAAUCGAAGAACCAUCGCCACUGGAUAGAAUGCUUGCAGAUGGUCGUGAUUUCAAUGGGGGUGGUUGGUCGAGUGAAGAGCUACAAACCUGUCUGAGGGAAAUAUUGAAAUAUGGAACGAGAAGCGAAACAAUUAAUUAUAUUCAUCAAAAUUAUAUCAAAACUCGAUCCCGUGAAGAAAUCACUGCGAAAAUCGACGAAAUUCGAGAAAUCAUCAAAGAACAUAAGGAGGUCAUUCUGCCAGAAGCCUAUAAAAAGAAGUGGAUCGAAGAUGGACAUCGAAAUAUCGGACCACCACCUGACUGUGAAGUCGAUCCGAAUGAGGGAUGGAGUGCAAUUCUUUCUAAGAUUGUCAACCACCAUCAAUCAUCGAUCAACAAACAUUUCAACCCAAUGAGAGAUGCUUUUGAGAAAGUCUUUGAAACACUCUCCCAGAACUCAAAAACCGUAAAGAACGUCAAAGUGACCGACAUGCAAACCGCUCGUGCAACCAGUGACGAUACUCAGAAUCUCAGAUGGCCAGUCAUCUACAAGUUUAUGAAAGCAUGCUCCACAUUGGAAGAGCAAAUGCCAGCUUUGAAUGAGCUCGAAGCAGCAGUGGUCAUCAAAGUCCUGGAUUCCAUUGAAAAUGAGGCAUCCACUAUCCCAGACUCGAGAAAGCAGUUCUAG